AUGUCUCAAGCUAACGACGCCGCAGGCCCUGCUGCCAGCAACAUGAAGCCAGUCCAAGUCAAGCUGGUCCUCCUUGGCGAGGCCGCUGUUGGAAAGUCGAGUCUUGUUCUUCGAUUUGUGAACGACGAGUUCCAGCUCAACAAGGAGCCAACCAUCGGAGCCGCCUUCUUGACCCAGAAGUGCCGCCUGGAAGAUAAGGUCAUCAAGUUCGAGAUCUGGGAUACCGCUGGACAAGAGCGUUUCCACUCGUUGGCGCCCAUGUACUACAGAAACGCACAGGCUGCUGUAAUCGUCUACGAUGUCACCAAGGCUUCAUCACUGGAGAAGGCCAAGUCGUGGGUGAAGGAGUUGCAGCGUCAGGCCAACCCCAACAUUGUAAUUGCACUGACAGGAAACAAGGUUGAUUUGGUUGCCAACCGCAAGAGCCGGACUCACAACGACGGCGAGGUUGACGAGGAUGGCGAGCAGGACGCGCAGGAGAUUGAUGAGGAUGAAGAGGACGAUGAGGACUAUGCUAUUACUCGCCAGGUCCCUACUGAGGAGGCCAGCGCUUAUGCUCAGGAAUCUGGAUUGUUGUUCUUUGAGACGUCGGCCAAGAACGGCCAGGGAGUCGCAGAGGUGUUCACAGAGAUUGCCAAGAAGAUUCCUUUGGAGCACAUUCUUUCGUCGAGCCGAGGCGCACGCGCAGGAGGAGUCAACGGCAGCAAUGGCCGCGUGGACCUUCAGAACGGUGCCAAUGGGCAGCGUCUCGGAGGUCAGCAGGAGAAGGGUGGCUGUGCCUGUUAA